CAGAAAACGCUUCUUCCCACAGGACAUCGAGAGCCACAUGAACCAGUUCCCAUAGACACCACAGUACCUAGACGGGCAAUGGCACAGCAGCAACUGCCCACCGGGAGGAUAGACCUAGACCAACCGCGCUACGACCAGUCAACGUACAGCGGACGGUUACGCCAUUUCUCAGAAGUUACCAACCCUCUAAAUCUGUUGGCGACCUCUGCCCAACAAGAUGCCGCAAAGCAGUUGGUAGCGGACUACAAAGCGGGGAAGGUUGACGCUGACCCUGAGGCGUUGUGGAAGGCCAAGACCCUGGUGGACAGCACGUUCCAUCCUGACACGGGCGAGAAGAUCAUCCUGCCGUUCCGGAUGGCGUCGUUUGUGCCUACCAAUGUGGCGAUCGUGGCGGGGAUGUUGAUGCCGAAUCCAUCGAUACGAAGCAUUGUGUUCUGGCAAUGGGUAAACCAAAGCGUGAACGUUGCGUUCAACUACUUCAACGCUAACAAAACGACCGUGAUGGACGUUCAAGAAACCGCAGUCGCCUACGGCACCGCAGUAGCCGCCUCCUGCACCAUCGCCGUCUCCCUCAGCGAAUACGUCAAACGCGCCACCUUCAGCCCGACCACCCAAGCCCUCCUCGCCCGCAGCGUCCCCUUCGUCGCCGUCGCCGCCGCCGGCUCCCUCAACGUCCUCCUCAUGCGCCAAAAAGAACUAACAGAAGGCAUCGACGUGACAGAUGAACAGGGCAACAGCGUCGGAAAGAGCACAGAGGCGGGGAAGAAAGCAAUUGCGCAGGUCGCAAUCUCCCGCGUAGCCACCUCGUUUCCGGUCGUGUUUAUCCCGUCGCUGCUUAUGGCAAGGAUCGACCGCACGCAGUUCUUGAAACGGCAUCCGGGAUAUAGGACGCCGAUUAACCUGGCUACGAUCACUGGAUCCCUGCUCGCGGCACUACCGUGCGCUGUUGCAUUGUUCCCGCAGCGCGCGACGAUGCGGGUUAGUGAUUUAGAGGAACGGAUGAGGGGUGUGAGGGGGAGGGAUGGACGGGUGUUGGAGACGGUCUGGUUCAAUCGGGGAUUGUAGUUGCGUAUGGGCUGGCGUAUCUGUUCUGUGCAUAGACCUGGGACUAGGUUGAAAGGCAGAAAAAUGGACUCGAUGUGCAGGAUAGGAAGACUCGAGGACACAGACACACAUCCCACACAGCACAACUCUUGUCCGUAGAACCACGUCCACCCGCCGAUUCCACGCAUGUGAAAUACAUGUGUGAAACUAUAUCCAUAUUUUGCCGCAACCGCCAGCAAUAGAAGGAACCAUGUUCUGAUUGUAAAAAAGUUUUGGGCGAGGGAUAUAUAAACAUGUGUACAUGGG